CACACUAUCCGACAUCAAUUUGUAGAGUCAGCGCUCAGAAGUGCUUGAAUUUCGUGGAGCUUAAGCGUGAUUUUUGAGCAUCAACGUUUCUGAAACGUGUCUGAGACUCGAUUUGUCGUCGCGGAGAAUGACGAGCAACUCAAAAAAGAAAGAAGAAGUUCAUCUCGCCAAUGGGGCCGUAAAACAGUCCACAUGGAGUAAAGUGUUCAAUUCCAACGCCGUAUGGGAAGAGAAGGAUGAAUUCUUAGAUGUAAUUUACUGGUUUCGGCAAGUCAUAGCUGUUGUCCUUGGAGUGAUUUGGGGAAUUGCGCCCUUGAAAGGAUUUCUGGGAAUAGCUAUAUUCUGCAUCAUCAACGCUGGCCUCCUGUACGUAUACUUCAGCAGCUUCCAGCAGGUGGAUGAGGAGGAAUACGGGGGAACAUGGGAACUAACCAAAGAGGGCUUCAUGACCUCCUUUGCUUUAUUCCUGGUGGUGUGGAUAAUAUUUUACACUGCACUACAUUAUGACUGAAGAGCUGUGAGGAAUAUAUUUUAUCCGGAGGAGUAUGGAACAUUUUAGUUGAUGUAAGGAUGAGAACUUUUGAAAUCCAAGUUGUGUGUUCUGUUACCAGCAGCGCACAUAAUGCCUGGAGGAAUGCAUGAUGGGUACUUGACAAUGAGUGACUUUCCAGACUGGUCGUGCAUCAGAUUUUUAAGCUAAAACUGUCCUGUGCACUGCCAUGGGUUUUUUAUAUCUUAUAAAUAGCAUUGUAUUAAACUGGAGAAUAUAACUAUUUAAUACUUUUUUUUGUUUUGUCUCAAGUAGCUUCCAGAUCAAAUCUUACCAGCUGUUUGGAUCUUAAUUUAAAAAUCUGUAAAUUCUGUGCAAUUUCCAUUUUAUCAAAUCCAAAAUGUAUUAAACCAAUUUAUUUGUAUUUUCUGUUAUGUCUUGUUCAAUUAAACAUGCUUUCAGUAUUUUGUAGUAGAUGAACUGAGAAAAUGAACCUGGGGGAUAAUUGUAAUGUUUCUAUGUAAUAACCAGGGAUAGUAACAUUAAUUGAAAGGAGUUCUGGGGAGCUUAGAGAGAUUGCAUUUUCUGAUUGAUGUUUUGGGGGAAUUUGAUUAAACAUGGGCUUGAUUUAGCCUUUUUCAAAUUCAAUUUGUGUUGAUGUGCAUCGUAAUUAAGUUAUGUUUGUAUCAUCUGUAGUCCCUUAGCUUACCUAGCUUCCCAACCCUUGUCCUGUGGACAGUUUGUAUGAGUGUUUUUUUUUUUUUUUU